AUGAACGUGUUCAACCAAAUUGCUGCUCAUUGUCUACUUGAUCCUGCGUUCGGUCUGAAGAAACAAGGCCCAGCCAUGCGCACGCGAUUUACUACGCUGAUGAGCCAGUUCAAAGCCGACCAAUACCAGUCCAUGCGGAAGUCCGGGACCGUUGAGGAAUAUGAAGAGCGUGAAGUACUGCUGCAAAAUAUCCUCAACCAAAUCCAGGACUGGAAUGAAAAAGAAGCUGAGAAAAAAGAGCGAAAGUCCGCUAAACAGCGAGGGAUAGAGAGUUCAGGUGCGCUGCUACGCCGGCUCGCGAUCGGAGAGCUCGCAAAGGACGACGACGACGAGGACCUUGACGAUUCUGGUCGCAAAAAAAUCACCAAGCGAGAGCAACUUGGGGUUGUGACGAAUGCUUUGGCAGGUGCUCGUUUAGGGGCUGGAGAAGAGGAGAAGGCAGAGUACGAGUACAAGACAAAGCGACUCGAACUUGAGCGCGAACAACAGCAGCAAAAGCUGCAACAUGGACAAGAUGACGCUGCAAAGCGUCGUGAUCACGAGCUGGCACUUGAAGAACGUCGGAUGAAAGCAGACGAAGAAAGAGAGAAACGAAUGCACGAAUUUCUAUUGAAAAUCCUGAGUGAGCAGAAAGACUGA